AUGGACACUAAGAAAAGAUUUAUUGCUCGCAAUCUAACUAUUCUUAAGACGAUUGGCAAAGGAACAUACGGAAAUGUAUAUUUAUGUGAAAAUCAAAUAACUACUCAUUUAUGUAUUGUCAAAGACAUUGAGUUAAACUUAAGGAUUCAAGAUCACAUGCAGGACAUCGCAAAUGAAGCAAAAAUUUUAUCUUCAUUGAAUCAUCCAAAUAUAAUUAGGUUCUAUGAUUGUUACUACACAGAUAAUCAUGUUAUGAUAAAUAUGGAAUAUGCUAGUAAUGGGAAUCUAGCUGAAUAUAUGUACCAACGGUAUCCGAAACUAAUAAAGGAAGAAGAAAUACUUUUCUAUUUUAGCCAGAUUCUACUUGGCGUUAAUUACAUCCAUAAUUUGAAUAUAAUCCAUAGAGACUUGAAAGCGGAGAAUAUAUUAUUGAUGGGGAAAUAUGGUGUAUUGGUGAAGAUAGGCGAUUUUGGUAUUUCAAAGAUGUUAGUAAGUGCCAAGAAAACAUCUACUGUCAUUGGUACUCCUUACUAUUUGGCACCAGAGCUAUGCGAAGGCAAACCUUACGAUACUAAAAGCGACGUUUGGGCUCUUGGUUGUCUAUUGUAUGAAAUGUGCACUCACAAGAGAGCUUUUGAAUCAGAGACCCUGGUUGGUCUGGUUAAAGCUAUAACUACUGGGAGUGUACAUCCUAUUGACUUAUCGGUAUAUACAAGAGGUAUGCAAGAUCUAAUAGACACUAUGUUAUCAAUUUUACCUGACAAAAGACCUAAAAUAAAGGAUCUUAUGGGACGGAGGACUAUACUACCUAUUAUUUAUUCAGUGUUCUUAGAUGCGGGAGAUGAUGAAUUAUUAUUUAAAAAAGCCAGUAAAGAUUUUCUAACUAACUUAUAA